AUGCUCUACACACUCCCGAUCUCCCUCCUGCUCUUCUUCACCCACACGGCCCUAAGCGCCAUCCACACCGUCCAAGCCGGCCCCAGCUUCACAGACCUCAAAUUCACGCCCAACACCCUCACCAACGUCGCCGCCGGCGACGUCAUCGCCGUCAAAUUCGGCGCCGGCCACAACAUCGCACAAUCCACCUUCUCCGAGCCCUGUGUGCCCAUCUCCGGCGACGGCGGCGGUGUCUACUCCGGCCCCUCCCCCAAGGAUGGCCAAACAUUCUCUUUCCGCGUCAACUCGACUGAUUCCGCCUUCUUUUACUGCGCCAUUCCAGGUCAUUGCGAGGCCGGCAUGGCCUUGGCCGUUAACCCCAGCGGCUCUGACACUCUCGAUGCGUACACUUCCGCUGCAUCCAAGGCCACUGGAUCCGCGCCCUCGGGCAACGGGCCUAUUGGCGGCACUUUUGGUGCCCUCAGCGAGAGUAGCAGCAGCAGCUCGGCCUCGGGAUCCGGUCCUACGUCUUCCAGUUCACCUUCCUCCGCUUCUACGUCCGCUUCCGCUUCCGCUUCAGGAUCCCCCUCCCCCUCCGCAAACGGCAGCUCCAUCGCCGCAAGCAUGCAGAUCAGCCUGGUGUUUAUCGUGGGAAUCGUUGCCGGAACCGCGGCAUUCGCGCUUUGA